AUGAGAAAGAAAAUUAAGGCAGAGAAAUUACCAGCAGCAAACCGGCUUGCUCAAUCAUUCAUGUACAAAUGUCUACCGUCUGUUUUGCCGGAAACGCGAUCAAGAAAUAAGCAGUCUUAUAAAAUUCAACUCUCCAGGAUUUUUCAGCAUUCUCUCACUAUUCAGAUGAGAAGUCCCGAUCAAUCCCAUUCUGAUAUUAUUGGUACUGCAGGGUUCGAUUUACAGGUCUACAUUAUCAAGCAUCUUGACCGCUGUAAUAGUGUAGAUAUCUUUUUCUCGUUGUCCGGUCACGCUUGCUUUUACGGCAAAUUGUCGAAUAAUGAGCACCGGAAGCUUGAAGUCUUAAUGCCUGUUUCCCUAGUGUCAAUAUUUUAUGGUUUAUCUUCUGUUAAUCUAGCUCUCUUUGGACGUAUUGUAAACGACAAACUCGUUGUAGACAUUACGUUAAAUCCUUCUUUUAUAUGGGAUCAAUUGCAUUUCAAACCGACUUGCAUUUCAGAAACACAAUACCAAAAAAUAAUGAGCUUUUUGAAAUGGUCUGGAAGUAAGAUAAAGGAAGAACAAAGCCAUGGAAUGGAAAUACCGAAAGAUUUUCCUUUACCACUGACUCUAAGUGUAGAAGAAUUGAACAUUCCGGUACUUACUCAUGAUAUAGAAAGCAGUGAAGAGUUUAAGAAGUCAUUGGAACUCAUUUACGACCUUGUCCAGGAAUCGAAUAUCUCAAAUGCUUAUAAAUGGAAUGAUCUAAGUAUUCUACAACCGUCUGCUAUGAAAGCGACACUGCAUCCAUAUCAAUUAGAAGCAGUUAGAUGGAUGAUAUAUCGUGAAUUAGAAAAGUCGAAAGAUGUAAUAGAUCCAACCUGGUUUUCGUCCUACUUUCUACAUUUUAACGAAAAUCUCUUUUUCUCAACCGUCACCGGCAACUUCUCACGGAAUUUGCCUUCGGACUUUGGUAAACCUUGCUGUGGAGGAAUUCUAGCCGAUGAAAUGGGCUUGGGAAAGACUGUUGAAGUUCUCUCCCUAAUUUUACAUCGUCCAUAUCCACAAGACAUGACGGUCCAACCUCUCGAACGUUUUGGAAAGAGAUUUUGCAAUCAGAAGAUUUCCCUAUUUAAAAUUCCUUCUGAGAAGUUGGAAAGUGGAGGGAAAAUGGAUGGAGAAUCCACGGAACAGGAGGAUAACUAUAAUGACGAAGUUAUGAGUAAUAGCUCUUCUGUUUGUACUCUACCCCACAGCGUUUUUUGUAUUUGUGGCGCGAUCGACAUUGGCCGUAUCUAUGAAGUUUCAGCACCAAUCUAUUGUGAUGUAUGCGAUAGUGGUUUCUAUCAGCACGUGGAAUGUGUUGGCUUUGCUCCAACCGUUGUCGUCGACGGGAAAUCCUACGAAGUGAAUUAUAUAUGCCCACUGUGUUGGAAAAAUCUCCGAGUUCAUUCCAAAGCUACGCUAAUUAUUGCUCCUGAUCAUAUACUUCCACAGUGGAAAGAUGAGAUUGAGAAACAUGUCGAUAAAAGUUCAAAUCUCAGUUAUAUGGUGAGUUUUUGGCUCAUUGUUCAUAAGGCUACUUCUUCUUGUAGGCUAAAAAUAACAGUUGUAACAGAGGUUUAG